AUGGCUAGAAUACCAUUAGGGUUUCGAUUUGCUCCAACAGAUCAAGAUCUGAUCAUUCAGUAUCUGCGAAGAAAGGUAAAGGGAGAAUCAUUGUCUUCAGAUGUCAUAAUUGAGCGCGAAAUUUAUGACAAAUCCCCAUGGGAUGUAUUCCAGGCGAAAGAUCCAUGGCACACGACCAACAAAGACAAAAGAGAAUUUGUUAUCUACGCGUUCACGAGAUUGAAGAAAAUUGGCGCCAAAAAGAGAGCUUUGAGGAGAGUUGGGUGCGGGACAUGGGAUGGCCAAACCCAGUCUGAGAAUAUUUAUAAUCGACAGAAACAGCUUAUCGGAGUCAAGAAGAUGUUGGUUUUUGAAGCGAAUGUGAAUACACAUGAGUGCUCGAUUAUGCCGCGAGGUCAUUGGAUUAUGCAUGAGUAUUCAUUGGACGGUGUGAGUUUGGAUGGACUGGGAAAAGAAGGCGAUCGUGAUUACGUUGUUUGCAAGAUAAAAAGAGACGAUUCUAAAUUUCUCAAGAGAGCAACAAAGCGUGUUCAUGGGGGUGGUCAUGGAAGAACUAUUGAUGAUGAUGAUGAUCAUGGUUGCAUGUCAAGUCUUUUGGGAUCCCAUGAAGAAAACCCUACUCAUAAGAAGAUGCGAUAUGUCAAUGCUACUCUGAAAAAAGAAAAAAAAAUUUAA